UCACUGUUUACAUUGUCCAGUAUCCACUAGUAGCCAGUUCGCCGAUCAUCUACAGUAAUCCCAAUGACGGACAUUAAUCGAGACAGUUUGUACAGUAUACCGCUGUCAAGUGAUAGUGACAAUGGUGAAGUCUCAAAUAAAAAUUUCCUCAACCAGACAGGACUGUCCAUUGAAGGAUACAACAGUUUAGAUCCUGAUGCUAAUCCAGAUGAGCUGGAAGAAAAACAAAGACUGAUAAAUCAAGUCAUGGAACUGCAGAACACCCUUGAUGAUCUGUCCUCAAGGGUUGACUCGGUAAAGGAAGAAAAUCUGAAGCUGAAAUCUGAGAACCAAGUUUUAGGACAAUACAUAGAGAACUUAAUGACAGCAAGCAGCGUUUUCCAGUCUACUGAUGCAAAGUCAAAGAAAAAAUCCGGAAAGAAGAAACCAGGGAAGUAGAUGUGCAAUAUAGAACUAAUAACAAAGAAAAUGUACUGUCAAGGAAGUGAUCAGUUCAUUGCCUAGGCCAUAAUAUUGAGGGAUUACAAAAUGGAUAAAGAAAACCUUUUAAAACCUAAUCACAAUUAAAUCCUACAAAUUUUUCCUUGUCUAUCAUACAGUUUUAUCUGCUUAUUCAUAUUUUUUGUUACUGUCUUCCUUCAUAAGAAAUCCAUUAUGACUACAAAGAAAGGUUGUCUGGCAUUAUACAUUAUUUGACAUUAUUUUGCUUUUGCAAUAACCCUUUGUUUAUAUAGAGUUUUAUGAUUUGUUUAUUUUAAUAUUGUUACACUGCCUUAAUGUUCAUAUGAUAUUAUGUUAGUUAUAUGCUUUGUGUCAAUGAUAUGUAAAAUUAAUAAAUUAUGUAAUACAUGUAUGUA